CGGCUGGGGACAUGGAGCCACCYGGGCAGCACGUCCCCACAGAGCUGGGGGAACGGGGUGACGAAAGGAGGAGCACAUCCCUGCUUCCAGCUGGGAUCACUUUGCUGGCUGAGCUCRCUUGCUGGAAGCCGGUCACUGCUCUGGGCAUCUUCACGAGUCUUGGAGCAGAGCAAGGGAAGCAUCGGACAGGGAUAUUUUUAGAUGCUCUUUGUGCUCAGAGAGCAAAAACAGGCUGUGGUUUAACGGCCAUUAGCUGCCGGGCAUGUAUGAAAAGCUGAAAUAGGGCUCAGGAUUCAGGGACGUGUUUGACACGAUGGGAUGGAGCAGCUUUGCAGACUCGGCAGCAAUUUUUGGGCCGAGCAUCGAAGUGAAGAUCCCAAGAGRAGCCUGGAUCGGGGCAGUCCAGCCCGUUUAGCUGCCACGUGGACAAGCAACGGGGCUGGGGUGGCUGAUCCCCCAAAAGGACGUGUUCACAUUGUUUGUGGGGUGAUGUUUGCUCUGAUGGCUGCGGAGAAGGCGUGGGAAAAGAACAGACAAAAGAUCCGCAUGUCAGACCUGAGCGACGCCGACGAUGGGGACMCGGAACCCCAGCAGGGCAUUUCUAUGGUCUUCCUCCUUGUCCUUGUCUUCUUCGUCAUGGGGCUGGUGGGUUUCCUGAUCUGCCAUGUCCUGAAGAAGAAGGGUUACCGGUGCCGGACUUUCCGGGAUGAGCCUGACCUAGAUAACAAAGACGGGCUGGAGGAGCUCCACGACACUGAAGAGGCGAGGAAUGAGGACACCAUGGAGAAGAUUGUGAGCUACAUCAUCCAAAAUGAAGCAAAUGUGGAGGCCCUCCAGGAGAUGUUGGAGGAAAAUGAAGGGGAYGUGCCAGUGCCAGUAGCAGUGCCCAGCCUCUGUCCCCACAGCAGCAGCCAGGACGGGGCCCCACCCCAUCACCACACGGUGCACCUGGGCUCCACGCAGGCGCCCUGCAUCCACUGCAGCAAGAAGAAGAGGCGCCCGCUGCAGCGCCAGGGGCGCUCCAAGGAGGGCAGGAGCAGGAUGCAUCCCGGAGAGACCACCGUCUUCUCAGUGGGCAGGUUCCGUGUCACACACAUCGGGAAGAAACCCCCCGCCCAGGGCGCUGCCCUGCCCGCCAGCAGCCGGCACCCGAGCACGGAGGAGCUGGAGCGCAGCAGCGAGCGGCUGCAGCGGGAGCGGGCUCUCAACGGGACUGUCCCCACGGGAGAGCUGCAGAACGGAGCCGUCCAGACGGGAACGCAGAGCGGCAAAAGCGCGGAGCAGAGCCUCUCCGGCAGCCCAGCAGUGGACACACCCGCCAGCUCCGGCACCCGUGACAGCCGGCGGCCGGGCUCGGGCUCCAGCCCGGUGGGCUCCAGCCCGGYGGGGUCUCGCCCGGCGGGGGCCGCCCGGACCGGGUCCCUGCAGGAUGCUGGCCCUCCUCCCCAGAGCCCGGGCCGCCAGCAGAGGCUCCUGAGCCUGCCGGCGCUGGCAGUGUCGAGUCCCAGCAUCCCAGAACUGGCGAGGGAAGAAGCCGAUAUCUGCCUGGAGGAGACGGGACUGGAGUCGGCAGAUGAAGUGUCGGAUAUCCACGGGAGCCUGAGUCUGCAGGAGCAGGCCGAAGAGCCGGGAAGAGACGAGAGCAGCAGGAAACAGUCCGGAGGGGAGGACGAGAAGCAGGAGGAGCCCAGCGCCGCCGAGCAGGASGAGCAGAACCGCGUGUGACCUCCUCUCCGCUCCCGGCUGGAGCGUGGAYGGGAGGCGCGCACCCCUGGACCCCGGGGGCUCUGCCGUGGGGCAGCCGCGGGGCAAACGGCCCCGGCCCCGGGUGGGCAGCUACGCGCUUGGCAUGGCCGGAGCGAUGCGCCGGCGUCACCGACAACCGCGCUCGGCGCCAGCCUUCAUCCCAUUGGCAAUAGGUACCCGAGUCCCACCCACCGCACCCGCCCCGGAGCCCCCCCGGGGACCCUCGGGCCCGGCARGGGCAGGACAGCACCCAGAGCCCACCGCCCGCCCGCCCCCCCGGCUCCGGGCCAAGGAUCAGAGGGGGCCGUGGCCAGGCAGGGAUGGAGGCAGCGGCUUGAGCCCCCCGGGGCGGUGGGGAGCACCCCGCCACCCACCCGGCACGUUCACCACAGAGCACAGCCCCCCGGGCACCCCUGCCACGCAGAGCGGGCACAGGCACAAAUCCUGCACCGGCGGGGGAGAGGCGCUUCCAGCCCCA